GCGCGGCUGCUUCCUGACGCGAGGUCCGCCUCUGUCGUUCACGCAGGCCGGCCGUCCCCGGGCCGCCGCCGCCGCCGUCACCUCGGCCGCAGCAGCCGCCAGCGCCUUGGUCCUCCGCGGCCCGCCAUGGCCGAGGAACUCUCCGCCGCCACGUCCUACACCGAAGAUGACUUCUACUGCCCCGUCUGUCAGGAGGUGCUCAAGACUCCGGUGCGGACCGCGGCCUGUCAGCACAUUUUCUGUAGAAAAUGUUUCCUGACUGCAAUGAGAGAAAGCGGAAUACAUUGUCCCCUCUGCCGUGGAAAUGUGACUAGAAGAGAGAGAGCGUGUCCUGAACGGGCCUUAGACCUUGAGAAUGUCAUGAGGAAGUUUUCUGGGCGCUGCAGGUGCUGUGCGAAACAGAUUAAAUUCUAUCGCAUGAGACAUCAUUACAAAUCUUGUAAGAAGUAUCAAGAUGAAUAUGGUGUUUCCUCUAUCAUUCCAAACUUUCAGAUCUCUCAAGAUUCCGUAGGGAACAGUAAUAGGAGUGAAACAUCCACAUCUGAUAACACAGAAACUUAUGAAGAGAAUACAAGUUCUUCUGGGCAGCCCACCUUUAAGUGCCCCUUGUGUCAAGAAUCAAAUUUCACCAGACAGCGUUUACUGGACCACUGUAACAGUGAACACCUAUUUCAGAUAGUUCCUGUGACAUGUCCUAUUUGUGUGUCUCUUCCUUGGGGAGAUCCUAGUCAGAUUACUAGAAAUUUCGUUAGUCAUCUAAAUCAAAGACAUCAGUUUGACUAUGGAGAAUUUGUGAAUCUUCAGCUGGAUGAGGAAACCCAGUAUCAAACUGCUGUUGAAGAAUCCUUUCAAGCAAACAUCUGAAGACUGCAGAAUUUUCUGCAUCUUUGUACCUGCCGAGUGCCAUCUCUGGGGGAAGCUACCUGAAGUCACCUGAAUAACUUGAUGUGUAUAUUAAUAAAAGUAAUUCAGUGUUUUGUUUUAGAUUUUUGAUUGAAAAUUAAAGGUGGGCUAUCUAUAAAUUUCAUCCUCUUGAUAAGUUAAAAAAUAAGCUAGGACUAUCUGUAAAAGCAUUAAAAGGAUUAUAUUUCAUUAAUGUCAUGGUGAAAAGGGACUCCCUGUUGUACUUUGUCUUUGUAACAUUGUAUAUUUUGUGUUGCUGAUGACCUUGGUGCAGUUCCUCCUGUUGCAGCUACUGUGCAGGGAGGCUCCCAGGACCAGAUCUUCAUGGUGUGGGUGAAGUCUCACAGAGCUGAGCCAGAUGUCAGAGGUGCAGAAUGGCAACUUGAAGGGCUAAAGGAAACAAUGCAAAAGGAGGCUUUUUUAAUACAGAUUCUAGCUGUGGAAUUCAACUAUAAGAAAAUCAUAUUUAUAUAAUGUUCAGUAUUUUUGAAGACUAGUGAGAUUUCUUUAAUAAUUAUAACUAAGAAGUAAAAGCUCGUUAUAAAGAUGUUUCCUUUUUGAUCUUAGAAGGAAAUAUCAAGAGAAAAAUGUAUUUCUUUGGUGAGCAGUUGUUAAUUUCAAAUCUUGUUUGUUUGGCUGACUGAUUCGUAAGCCUCAAGUAUUGUAAGCUGAAUUUCAGCUCUUUGGCCCCAGUAUUUUCAAUGACCAGUAUUUCAGAUUAGCUAAGAUGAAGCUUUUAUUAGGAACUUUCAGUUGGUAAUAUUAUAUUCUACAUGUAUAUUUAAAAGAGGUUUGGCUUCAUCUCAGUUUAGAAAUUUAUGCAAUGCUAAAGAUGUAUAUGUACAUACACAGACACUUUAGUAUGUGUGUGUACACACGUAUGCAUGCAGUUUGUCAGAUAAUAUGCAGACUUCCUAGUGAGUGUUUAAAAUGGAUAAGCAAUAUGGGAUUGAAGUAUUUGUCUGAUUUAAUAAAUUUUUGUAUAUCACCAGACUUUUAAAAAGUAAUAUUUGAAUGCUAAGUGGUCUAGUUGGCUACUAUCACACUUUAAAAAUUGAGUUUACAUGCACAAUUAAUCAAUUUAUAUGGUGCUCAUUUGUUAUUCUCAGAGAUAACACGUGACUGAAGCAGUGAAACAGAUUCUACCAGCCAUUCUGUUUCACCACUUUUUAGUGACAGCUGAGUUUGUUCUUAGUAUUCAUUAAUAAGAAUCAUAAAAUAACAUGUACCAGAAGGCCCAAACCACAGAACAGAAGUUGAAGAGUAGAUUAGCAUCGUGACAUUCCAUACUAAUGUACAUUGUGCUUUCUUAAAAAAAAAAACUAAAAGAACAUUAAAGAAAAUCUCGGAAGUAGUUUGCUGCUAAUAUAUACAUAUAUUGUAUAAAAAGUAUAUUUUGGUUUUGUUAAAAUCCUUGUUGACUUUUCUACAGUGAACAUUUUUUUAACUUGAUUUAAUAAAAAUGUUAAUUUUGGAAGUGGAGUUUUGUAAAAACCUUUUUCAAUCAAACAGUAAUGACUUUAUAGGUAGUAACAGUCACCAAAAAGCCAUACAUCUUAGUGAACGUAGGCCUUUGUUCUGUCAUUCAGAAGGGUGAUGUUCACUAUGUGCUUGAACGUUUUCUCUGCAGUUACAGAACUGUAUUGUAAGAAUAGCUUUUAAUGAACUCUUUAAAAAGAGACUUUUGACCAUACAUUUUCCAGUUUAAAGCAAUAACUUUGGUACAUUCUUUCAAAGUUUAAUAUUUCCAGUGUCAAACCAGUCUGAGAUUCGAGAACUUCUUUAAAGGGAAAUGGUAGUAAAGAUCAUCUUGAUGAAAUUGUGUUUUGAAGUUUUUUGGAUUCGUUAACUAUCAUUAAUAGCCUUGUAUGUCUUUCACAUAAACUCAUAAGGAAAAUAUUGACUGUAUUUGCUAUUAUCUGGAAAUUACUCAGUAUGGAAAUGUUUAAAAUAUCUCUUUCAUCAUAGGAUUAGUAAUAGGGAUAGGUUUUCAGAUUCACACUUCAAAUUUGUGAGACAACCUCAUUUUUUUUAAAACAAGUAUCGAUAUAGAAUCUUAUAUUGGUUUCAAGUGUACAAGACAGUGCUUUAACGGUCAUCCAUUUUAUUAAAUCCUCAACCCUCAUAGUGUGGUUACUCUCUGUCAGCAUAGAGAGAUAUUGUAGAACCACUGCCUGUAUUCUCCGUGCUGUACUACAAUACCCAUGACCAAUGUAUAUAAAUGAUUGGGAAUUUUUGUGCCCCUUUAUCCUCCUCACCCCCACCCCUCCACCCCAACCCCUCUUCCAUAGUAACCACGAGUCACUUUUCAGUGUGAGUCUGCUGCUGUUCUGUUCAUUCUGAUUUGCUUGAUAUUUAUUUUCCACAAAUUAUAUGAGACAACCUAAUUUUUAAUGUGCAUAUAGUUGAGUCAGGAUGGAGGAGGAAAACUAUUGAUACUCUGAUAUGUAAAUUUCACUAUAACUUACAGGGAAGCUAUUUACCUCAACAAAUAAAUAUGUUUAUGUUGUUAAACAGAGUCUUAUUUGAGAUGUAUUGCUUUAUUUUUCAAUUAAAAGUGGUUUUCUCCCA